AAAGACAGACCAGUGGAAGGAGUAAACGGGGUGGAUGGUCGCGUUUGUGCGGAAAAAAUGUCCGGCUACCGGAACUUAUCAUCUACGUGAACGUGCGACGAACGGUACUCGUGAAUGCUCGUGAACGUGGUGAGCCACCGGUGCUAACGCGUAAAACCGGCUCUGAUUGAGUAUUGGCGAGUGGCGGUGAGUGGCGGUUUCUUUCCAGAACGAACGAAUAUCAAAAGUGUGCGCGUCCUUCCCCCUCCGGCACGUGCACAUUGUACACGGACGAAACACGGGGCUCUCACCCUUCGUCGCGCUGCGUAAUUGCGUGAAAACAAAACGAACGAGACGUAUCGCGCAACGGUGGUGGUGUAGCGUACCGCUUUUAGGUGGAUCGACCCUACUGUUAAAUCACGAAUCCUCCAAUCGAACGGAUUUAACGAGCACCUUGAACGAGUAAUUGAACCUUAGGCGUAAAGGAAACGGAGUCUCGGGGAAUCCAGAUGAGAAUGGGAAUUGCCAAGGGGGAAUGAUAGGAUGCAAGAGGGUAAUACCGCCGUUGCGCUAGCGAUGGUGACCCCCGGAUACGAUCAGGACCCUGCGAGUGGGGUCGCCGAUUACACGACUCAUCAGGAUCAGGCCCAGUUCGAAGCCGACAAGAGAGCCGUUUAUAAACAUCCACUCUUCCCGCUGCUGGCGUUACUCUUCGAAAGAUGCGAACAAGCGACCCAGAGCUCGGACAACUCCACGUCCGAAAGCUUCAACAUGGACAUACAGGCUUUUGUCCAGCACCAAGAAAGAGACCGAAAGCCUUUCCUGAUCAAUGACCCCGAGAUUGACGGUUUGAUGAUCAAAGCGAUACAGGUGCUACGUAUUCACCUAUUGGAGCUGGAGAAGGUGCAAGAGUUGUGCAAGGACUUCUGCAACAGGUACAUCACGUGUCUGAAGGGCAAGAUGCAGAGCGAAAAUCUGUUACGCAGCGAUUACAGCCACCACGGGCACGACAUGGGUCCGUCGAGUGGAAGCAACGGCAGCAGUCCGUUGCAGGUGCUGUCAUCUACAGGCAAUGAUGUUGAGUCGGGAGCUAACGGAUUCAGAGUGAGCCGUGGGGACGCCGUGGCGGAGAACGAUGGCGCGAAUUCGCACACACGGGAAGAGAGCGUUAAUCACGAUCCACUUUCGUCGGUCCGACCGUCUUCCGCCGUCCAGCGCUCGGGCAAAUCCACUAGCCAGGACCACGACGAUCCGCUCUCACCGUCCACUAUACAUGGAAGCACGCCUCUCUCGCAAAUCGGGGCGCAUCCAUGCGCCCCGGUUAACGACAUGUAUCUCGGCCAAGACAUUACAGUCGCAGCUUCUCCUUCCCCUGCGGCGAGCGAAGAUGAGGAGGAGAGUGCCAGCAACACAGCUUCGAAUCACGCUGGGAAUCAUAGAAAUAAUCACGGUAGCGCUAGAAAGGGACGUCAGAAACGAGGUGUCUUACCUAAACAGGCAACUAGCAUCAUGCGAACGUGGCUCUUUCAGCAUUUAGUACAUCCUUACCCAACCGAAGACGAGAAGCGUCAGAUUGCUAGCCAGACAAAUUUAACGUUACUACAAGUGAACAAUUGGUUCAUCAACGCCCGUCGACGAAUCCUACAACCCAUGUUGGAUGGCGCGGGCACUGACGCGACGUCGCGCGCAGGAAAACGUCAUAAAACUUCGAAACAUGCAGUGCAGCAACAAGCGGCUCAGCAGCAGCAAGCGAGCUGGCAGUCCGAUGAUUCGGCGAGUGAUUCGGGUUCUAGCGACGGUGAGGGAGGUGCCGCUAGAUCGAAAGACGGUAACGAUAGCGAUGAGGAUGAUCUUCACUGACCUCUGUCGAUCACCGAAACGUCAACCUCUUUACGGUACCUUCAAAUCCAGUUGCUCAUUACAGUAUUAAGAUAUUCGGGAAUAGAUAUCGCUUUAACUGUCAAAUACGUAAUUAAUCUUGUGAAAGUUAAGAAUAUGUGGAUAGAGGUUAUCACGCUCUCUGAUCAUUCGAUACUUUGAUAGCAUUCAUCAGCUAUUCAACCGUCUGCUUUUUUAUGACAACUGAUUAGAUUUUUAAUCUCGGCUCACAUAUUAUCCACACGUUUUAAUGGACUGGGAGAACUGAGAUUGAAUAGGUACUAGAAAGAGCACCUUACUUUUAAGUACAUCUAAUUCAAACGAACAUACAUACGUUUGUAUUGUGUUAUUUGAGAAAUGUUAUUUAUUUUUCGAUGACAAAUUUUUAAGUAAACUGCGCACAAAUGAUGAAGAUAAACUGAGUUUUUUUUUUGGAAUCACAAUUGGAUCUUUUGUUAAUUAUAAUUACAUUGCUUGUAACAAACGUAUGUUUCUGAUGAUUUAGUCUCCAUAUGAUGUCUUAUUUAUGACGCCUAUGGAUGCGUUUCACUUAAUGCUCGCAAUGCUUAUAAAAUUGUUUUAUCCUUGUUGUUUAUCAAAUGUUAAACAAGGUCAAAUAAUGCUCGUGAGUGUUAUAAGCACUGAAUGAAACGCAUCUUAUGUAAUGUAUGUA